AUGCGCGUCCGCCCACCAGCCCCGAAAAAGCCCACGCCGGGCCUCCUCCACGAAUACGCAGACCGCCUCGUCGCAUUCGAGUACUCCUCCUCCAACCGCGUCAAACCGCACACACUUCUCUUCAUAUCAGGCCUAGGCGACGGCCUCGGCACGGUCGCGUACCUCGAUGACAUCGUUGCGGCGCUGGACGAUACACAAUGGUCCGUGUUUUCGCCGGUCAUAUCCUCGUCGUACGGCGGGUGGGGAACGAGUGGGCUAGGCCGGGAUACCGAUGAAAUGGCGCGGUGUAUUGAUUAUAUCCGACACUACAAAUCGGGGUCAGAUGUGGACGAGAGAAAGCGGAAGAUAGUCAUCAUGGGCCAUUCAACAGGGAGCCAGGAUGUCAUGACUUACAUUUCGUCCCCGAACCCCCGACAUCCUCAGCCCGGGCUGGACCCUGGGCAUGGACAUAAACAGAUGCCGGUCCUCCGACCGCAAGUCGACGGCGCGAUCAUGCAAGCGCCCGUCUCUGACCGGCAGGCCAUCGAAGUCGUCCUACGAGAAGGAAACGAGAGACACUCGGCGGAGUACAUGCGGAAGGUCGUCGGUGAUGCGGUUGCAUCAGCGAAGAAACAUACGUACGAAGACUAUGACGCGCUCGACACGAUCAUCCCUCUCCCCGUUACAGCGGCGAUCGGGUACCCGGCGUCAACGGCGAUAUCGAGUCGGCGAUUCCUCAGCCUCACGAGUCCAGAUGCCCCUGCGAGUCCCAGUGAAGAUGACCUAUUUAGCUCGGAUUUGACGGUUGAGCGGCUGAGGAAGACAUUCGGGAUGGUGAGGCAUCGGGGUGUUUUAGGAAGAGAAAAGGGGCUGCUCGUGCUUUAUUCCGGCAGCGAUCCUGCUGUCCCGCCGCAUGUCGAUAAGGAGCGGUUGUUGACGAGGUGGCAGCGGGCUACGGAUGCGGAGAGACAAUACUGGCAUGCUGAGAGUGGGAUUAUUCCUGGCGCGACGCAUACGCUUGAGGGAGCGAGGCAGGUCGAGCAGCGGAAGGAGCUGGUAAGGAGGGUGAGAGUGUUUUUGAGGGAUGUAGAGGGUGCUUCGUAA